GCACGUGUGCAUCCCCCGAUGUGACCCAAGCUGCCACCCUCCCAACUGUGCGCAUGCAUCACUCAGUCACACACAGGCCAUCCCGUUGGUGACAUGUAUGUCUCCCACCCGACAACCACGGCACAAACCACAAAUCCCUGUCUCACACACCCCACAAAUCCAUCUAGUCCAUGACCUGGCUGGUCUCGACAGUCUACACCCAGCGCUCCAGUUCAGGCGAUGGUCCAGUCGAUCUUGUGCGGCUCGGGUGUGGUUUGUGCACACGGACGGCACCACUUGUUGUACGUCCACAACUCCCACCGCACGCGGCACGUCUUCGCAACAUCUAUGGGAGUUUUGCCCUGUUGCGAGAAGAAUGACAGGCAGAAGGACAGGCAUCGAACUCUCCAUCGAUGUGCCAUCCACCCACGCCUGCAUACCGUCCCGUUCUUGACUCGCACCAGAUCCGAAGCGCCCCAUCUCAGCAGCAACUUGACGGCCUCAAGACGAUCGUAGAAUGACGCCCAGUGCAACGCGGUGUUCAUACCCAUGAACUGCACACCAUAGAAGUCUUUUUGUGUGUGUGUGUCUCUCUCUCUCGUUGUCUGUGUGUGUCUCUCUCUUUGUGUGUGUGUCUGCCUGUCUGCCUCCUGUUUGUCAAUAUAUUCAUCAGCGCACAUCGAAUUGUGUGAGGGCGUCAGGGCCUCUCCAGCUGUAGAGGACUUUCAUCGGCUCGAUGGCGCCCGUAGACGCAGCCCGCAUGAACGGCGUCUUGCCGUUCUGCAUAGGUCAUCAAGGAACACACGACACAUCGAAGACAGCCGUAUGGAUCGCUUCCCCGCUCACGAUGUCUCUAGCGUCGAGCAGCUGCAACGGCCCUAGCACGAGGGACCCCCACCCCAAAAGCUGUCUCACAACUCCUGCGGCCGGAUCGCCAUGCUCCUUCGCGGCUAUGUGGAGCGCCGUCUCGCCAAGCUGCAUGCAUAAUUAGUUGUGACCAUUACAUGCAGACGAAUCAGAUGUGUAAGGGAUGUUACACGUACUGCGUCUUGUUGUGUGAGAAGCGCUGGCGUGCCGUAGUCGUUGUAGAUGACGUUCAAGACGGCAUACUUGCCGUUCUGGGCAGCGAGACUCGCUGCUAUGUGCCACAAGGUGUAGCCUUCGGCAUCUGGGACCUGAUGCAAACACCUCAUGUUCGCAUGCACCGUCAUUGACUUGACUUGAUCUCUGUAGAAGUUUGCACUGUACCUCGAGUAUGUGCUUGCCGUGAAAGUCGAUCCAGUUCUUCACUUUGUUCAAUCGACCUGCUUCACUCUCGUCGGACGUAAUAGCCGCAACAAUCCGCCCAAUGUCUCUCUGCACCCAUGGACAGAAAACAAUAGGGCACACGUAUGCAGCAUCUUAUGGCGUGUCACAGCUCGCUAUCUAUCUCUCAGAAAGACACACCUGCGCCUGGCUCUCCAUCGCAUUUCGGACGUCCAUGUUCUGAGCCAGAUCCAUCGGUGUUUUGUCCUGCAUAAGAUAAUGGGGUGGACAGUGGCGUGUCUCCUUUUGUCCAGCUUCUCAGCUCACCAGUACGUUCUUGAUGUACAGGAGAGAAACCGUAAGGUCGGCCCACUGAAGCAGGAGUUUGACUGCCUCAAGCCUGCCCAUCACUGCAGCCUUGUGGAGAGCGGUAUUGUGUUCCUGCAGACACACAGACACAGAGGGAAGCCGGUUGGAGUGCAUGUCUCUCUCCAGCUGCCUAUACGGACGGACUGUUCUAUGUCUAUACGUACAUCGUUUUGCUGAAUGAGGAGCUCCUUGCGCUUCUCCUCGGCUGUUUUGUUAUAGAGCAGCCGCAUGACGUCAAUUUUGCCGCUCAACACAGCAUACUGGAACGGGGUGUCGUUCAUCUGCGUGCAUGCGUACAUUAAGGCAGACGGGCCGAUCUGUACUGACGUGUCUUCCCGUCUACAUACUCGCGAUCGGGCGUCGAUGAGGUCAGCUGACCACUCCAAUAUCUGCUCGACAACCGGAAGAUGUCCGUGAAACGCCGCGUAGUGGAUUGCCCUCUGACCAGCCUGCAUACAGAUACAUGCACAUGCACAUGCACAUGCAGAUCUAUAGGUCCAUUCACGCCUCGUGCAGCCAUCUGUGUGUCUCCCAUCCCGUUUGGAUGUGGUGUUCACUCACGCUGUCUGCCUGUUCCAAAAUCGACGGCCCAUACGCAUCGUACAUCACUUUGAGCAGCUCACAAUGGCCGGCAAUCGCGCCUUGUAGAAACGCAGUUCCCUGGCAUACAAAUGAUCAAUCAUCGACCAUAGAGAGAAUGACGGUAUUGUAUCCAUGGAUACGCUCUGCGAAUCUCUUUGGUCGAGGAUAUCCUUGCCAUGCAACUCUAUCAUUCUCUUGACGGUCUCCACAUCGCCAGCCUUGGCCGCAGUAGACAUCGUCUCGAUGUCUUUCUGCGCACGAUUGGUCAGGCAAGCAAUGGAGCAGCCAGCUGUUACGAUGAAGAAGCAACCCUCAGUGCGUGUCUGACUUGUUGAGGUUCCUUGCGGAAGACUCCCGGUGGCUUGACAGUGCUGGGCGGCCCGGUAAUGGUGGAUCCCAUGCUCUGCGGGGACGGACCGAUGGGAGACACACCGAUCGGCGAAAUUGGGGCAGGCACAGGCGAAACAUACACAGGUCCUGCAUGCGGACAGGAAGCAAGCAAUUCACAUCCUUGUGUGUGAUUCUUAAUCGUCUUCAUCGUGGGACAGACCUGGCGGAAGACGCAGCUUCUCCAAAAGCUACCAGAGGAAGAAACAACAUGUGGAAGGGAGCAAGCUAAGCACAUGUAGAUCACCUGUUCCGCUGUGGGUCUGUCAGCGGGAUUGUAGGCAAAGCAACUCUGACGGACGGACACAAGGCAAAGACAAAGAAGCGACCGAUACACAAGAUACGAAAGAAACACGCCUCUUCUUGUUGUCCUUUACCUUGAUUGCUUUCUGCACGUGCUCAGAGAGCGUUGUCGGAACCUCUGGGAUCUGACAGAGGGAAGCGAGGGCGUCAAAUAGAGAUGUCACAAAGGACUGUGCGGACACCUCGGCACGAACAACGUGUGGAGCGCGUACCUUCUUGUUGACCACAACGUCAGUCAUUAUUCUCACUCCGGGCUUGCCGUCAAAUGGGGGUGGACCUCCAUGAACUUCCGUGAGAAUGCCCCCGAGAGACCAGAUAUCACUUGCCGCUGUCAGAUCGCCCACUGAGAUGCCAUGGAGACAAAAGAAAUUACCCACGGAUCGUUGACGAAAUGCUGCACUGCAGCUAUCCUCUGAUUGGUCGCUUACAUUUUUCGUCAUACGCUUCAGGGCCCAUGUACGCAUGUGUCCCGCCUCCUGCACGUGUGAGCACAUCAAGAAUUGGAAGCUAAUGCUGGUCCCUACAACGUGAUGUGCGUACUUGUUGACGUCUUCGUUGUCCUUUGGGUGUUUCUAGUCAUGCCGAAGUCACUUAUCUUCACAACCAGGCCCUCGCCCAGCUGCGAGUAGGAUUAAUGAAUAUGACACCGAUAGAAAAGGCAUGCCAUCCUGAUUGUCGUGACUCACCAACAGGUUGCCCGGCUUUAGGUCACGGUGUAUGAUUCCCAUUCGGUGAAGAUACUGAACGCCCUCACAUAUCUGACACACAACGGCAGGCAACGACAGGUAGACAAAUUGAUAAGAGAGCAUUGGCUCGCCUACUUCUCUGGCAAACUUGCCGCGAAGUUCAGGCGACAGGGGCUUGUGUUUGGCAAGAUAUGAGGCCAGAGAGCCCCCCUCACAUAACUCUGCACAGGAAGAAAAGGGCAAUCGAUGCCGUACAAAUGAGACAUAAAGCUGACCUGUGACAAUCAACAGUCCACGCUGAUCAGAACAAAUGCCCAAGAAACGGACGAUGUUGGGAUGGUUUAGAUGCAUCUUAGAAAUCCAAAGACAAAGAGAGACACUGUUCAGGAAGGGCAAAACGCCGGCGACGCAACCGCUUACAAAAUGUCCGGCCUCGCUCAGCACCUCCUCCAUCACCUCCUGGGGCCCAGGCAGACAGAUGCCAUUGUACGUGAUCGCUAUGAGAGCUGUGUGUCAUCUGUGUACAUGUCUGGCGAGCUCGUUGCUGAUUUCCUCGUUAGCGACCUUGACAGCCACUGGCCGUCCCUUCCACAAGCCCCGUCCCGAAGGCUCCCCGCCCUGUGGAACAAGCGAACACAACAAAGACCGAGGGACUGAAACUGCUGAUUCUCCCUGGGCCCACCGACCGAUCUUGUCGUCCUCGCUGAAGGUGAGAUCCUUUUGCUUGAUCACCAAGUUUGGUUGUGACAUGCUGCAUGGGACAGAAUCCAUACACGGAAAGGGGUGCCAUGGUCAUUCCUUUCGCCCUUUCGGCGCGGGGGGGUUACCUGACUGCAACUGGCGUUUGCCCAGCGUCGGGGCUUGCCGCUUGCCCGAUCGUUCCCUGGGCGUUACUGACUCUCUGGCCCGCUUUGCUGGAGGAGCUUCCCAUUUCCAAACAGGCACAAACGGGGAGGGAAG